UGUCAUCAGUAGUACAUCGCAAAAAGUUGCUUGUCGUCGUUAGGUGCAGUGGAGAAGUCGGACGUUUCUUGGGUAAUAAGGGACGGAAUUUUCGAUGAUUUUCCACAAUUUUCAUGGGAAACUUGACCACCAGGAAUGUCCGAAAAGAAACUAAGAGCCAACGCGGUCAAUUUGCUGGCGGACGGGAAACAGAAGAAUUAACGCGUCCGAUAAAUUUUCGUCAGAUUUCAGCGUGGAGUCUAGGAAGUCUUAGUGAACGCCUAAAUUGGAGUUUCAAUUCAACACGAUCAACAUAUUCAUUCUCAAAGCCUAAAAAUAAAAGUUUUAAUCAACGCUCAAGCUCUACCCGUCAAAAUUCUAAGACAAGCUGGCCCGUACCAUUAAUUGAUUCCAUUUUCCAAUCACAUUUUAAACGUGCGAGUAGAAAUGAUGAAUUUGUUGUUGACCAAGUGAUUGCGAAAGGAGCUUUUGGCAUUGUGUUCAAAAUCGUAGAUAAGAACAACACUAAUUUAGAAUAUGCACUUAAGGUGUUAAGUAAAUCAAAAGUAAUACAAAACAAUAGUGUGCAACAACUGAAAGACGAAGUUGAUAUCCAGAAGAUUUGUAGCCACCAUCAAUUUAUUGUCAAACAACUAGACGCGUGGCAAAAUAGAAGGCAUUUGCAUAUAUUACUCGAAUAUAUACCCGGCGGUGAACUAUUUUCACGGAUCUGUCGCUUCCCUUAUGAAUUGGUCCGUCUGUAUGUUGCGGAAAUUUCACUGGCAAUAGAUUUUCUUCACAACGCCGGGAUCAUUUUUCGUGAUGUUAAACCAGAAAAUAUACUACUGACAGCCGAUUACCACAUUAAGCUUACCGACUUCGGUCUAAGCAAGUGGCUAAAGUUUGGAGAGCGAACGAAAACAAUGUGUGGAACGUUUCAAUAUAUGGCACCGGAAAUUCUCAACGGAGAAAUGUACGGGCAUGCCGUAGAUUGGUGGGCAAUAGGUGUGGUGGCGUGUCGAAUGUUCACCAAUGAGUAUCCAAACACCAAGCUUAUAACAACAGCCAAGAUGGAGGAGUUUCAAUCGGAUGAAUCGAAAAACUACGAAUCUACCAAAAACUUUCUCCCACCUGAAGUCGAUUUGAUUCCAAAACCGGGGAAAGAUUUAUUAUUGAGGCUACUUGAAAUCGAUCCAAAGUUUCGACUUAAGUCAGUUUUAGGCUUACGAAAAAUUGCUAUGUUCAAGGAUUUCGAUAUUAAUGUUGAAACGCUGAAAGAGAUUUCACCGUUGGAGUUACUACAAAAAGCAAACAUUCCGUCCUCUGAAAUCUUUGCUGAUUCCACAAAUAUUAGUGCCAUUGAAUCUAGUGCCUUCCAGCAUUUUUAAAAUUUACAAAAUUUGUUAGUUAUAAUUGAAAACAGUUUUUUUUAAAGUGCUCAUAUUAGAAAAGUAGAAUCUCAUUGAUAGCUGCCCUAAACCCUUCAUGGGCUUUUAACAAGUUUGUAGUAAUUUUAACAAUUAUGUGCUAAUAUCUGAAUAAAAAUAUAUACUAAAUAAAUGA